GUGAUGCUCUGUUCUAGAGACAUUGAUCACAUGAGCACGUGUUCAUUGCACUGCCUGUCUUUCAGUAAGAAGACCUGAUCAGCUGACUCGACGCACCCGGAUGAACAUUAAAUCGAAAGUAAAGAAUACAAGUGAAAGUAAAAUUGAUCUGCGGACAUUUCACGACCGCGAGCUUCUGUCAGCGAAACAUCUAUAUUUGUGCUGAUCUACAGCUAAAGGACAGGAUCGAUUCGGUUUAGUUUAGCGUCUGAAGAUGCGCCGAACGAGCUGUGUUUUGAUGUCAGUGCUGCUGAUGAUCGCCGAUGGUUUGACUGUGCACGGUCCCUCUGGUCCUCUGGUGGCUCCUCUGGGAUCUUCAGUGGUUUUGCCCUGUUCUGUUGAUGAACUUUUAUCAGUGGAGGAUCUGGAGGUGGAAUGGAGAAGAACAGACUCAGAGACUCUGGUUCAUCUGUAUCAGGACGGUGAGAGUCGAGCAGAAGCCCAGCAGCAGGAUUAUCAGGAUAGAGCUCAUUUCUUCACUGAUCAGAUUCAACGUGGAAACUUUUCCCUCCGUCUGGACGAUCUGAGAGCUGAAGAUGAGGGACCGUAUAAAUGUAAAGUUCACAGUCAGCAAGAGUCUGGUGAGACUGUGGCUCAAAUAAAAGUUAAUGCUGAGCGUUUGCUAGUAUCAGGAUCGAGUCGCUCCAUAUCUGCGUCUGUGGGUGAAGACGUCACUCUGAACUGCUCUGUAGACUCUCACAUCCCACCCGAAGACUUUGAGGAGGUUUCAUGGAAGAAAAUAGAUGAAGAUAUUCAGGUUCUGCUCUACCAAAACAAUGAGGCACAUUCAUCAAAUGAGCGAUACAUAGACAGAGUUGAGCUCUUCACUGCUGAAAUCCCCAAAGGAAACUUCUCUCUCAGACUGAAGAGCGUCAGAACUGAGGAUAAAGGAGUUUACAUGUGUGAGGUGUUUGCUGGAGGACUUUCAGCCAAUGCAACUGUAGUACUGGAGCAACUGGGUUUCUCAGUUUUACACAUAAUGGUGCUGAUUCUCUGUAUUUCUGCAUCUGGAUCUGCACUCCUGCUCUGCUGCCUGAUCUACUGCAGAUCUCCUACUAAAGGUUUAUUUGGCCAGCAAACAUAUGGCCAAUAUUUUUAUCUGGGAUCUUCAGUGGUUUUGUCCUGUCAUGUUGACAAAUGCUUAUUAAAGAAAAAACUGAAGGUGGAAUGGAGAAGAAAAGACACUAAGACUCUGGUUCAUCUGUAUGAAGAUGGUGAGAGUCGAUCAGAGAAACAGCACCAGGAUUAUCAGGAUAGAGCUCGUUUCUUUACUGACGAUGUUCAACAUGGAAACUUCUCCCUCUGUCUGGACAAUCUGAGAGCUGAAGAUGCUGGAGAAUACAUAUGUAAAGUUCACAGUGACCUUUUUACAGUGACCAGGACAGCAGAGACAAGUUUGGUACCACAGUUCGAAGUGAAAGGUUCCUUUGAUGAUCAGAUCGUUCCUCUUGGAGGUUCAGUGGUUUUGCCCUGUCAGGUUGACGGAAGCUUGUUAGAGAAACGUCUGAAGGUGGAGUGGAGAAGAACAGACUCAGAGACUCUGGUUCAUCUGUAUGAAGAUGGUGAGAGUCGACCAAAGAAACAGCACAAAAAUUAUCAUCACAGAGCUCAUUUCAUUACUGAUGAAAUUAAAGAUGGAAACUUCUCCAUCCGACUGGAAAAAGUGAGAGCAGAAGACGCUGGAAAAUACACAUGUAAAGUUUACAGUGACCAGGAUUGUGUGCAUUCAGCCGACGCAGAGGUUGAGAUACUGG